AAAAUUCCCUUUUUGGAGAGAGAUUGUUAAGGAUUGGGGUAUUUUCUUGGGUAUUGUCUUACAUAUUGUUUUAGUUUUAUCAUGAAUGAGAAGAAUUUUAUAAAAUUUGGGGUAAAUUUUUUUAUUUGAGAAGUCCACUCUCGUUGGACUUUUCUUAAAUUGGAACCUCUCUCCUUAAUAAAUUUUUUUAGUCGUACAUUAUUAAUGUUAACCCCAACAUCACAAGCAAAACAACGUUGGGUUCAAGCAUUACAACAAGCUACAAAUCGUCGUAUUUUUAUUCAAAGGCGACCAUCUUCAACAAUUGUAACAAAUCAACUUUUACUUUCAUUGGAAAAACCUCGUAAUUUAUGUAUAAAUUGUACUCAAUGGUUACCUUAUAAUAAUGGAAAUGAAUAUUUACUUAUUGGAGCACAAGAAGGUUUAUUUGCAGCAGCAAUAACACAAAAUCGUACACCGUUUCAAAUUGCUGGAAUAUUUAAAGUUUUCUGGAUGGAAUUUCUUCCCGAAUUUGAUAUGCUGCUUACCAUUUGUGAUUCAAGUCGUCGCCUUGGAGCUAUACAUUCUCAACAAUUAAAUCGUGCUCUUCGUGCAGAUCAACAACCAAGUGUUUAUGUUACUACUGCUGCUCCAAAUAUUGAGCAAUGUCAUAUUGCUGUUGUUAGUAAAGUGGAGCAUAAUCGUGGCAAACGUUUUGUUUAUGUAGCAACAAUCGACUCAAUUUAUAUUCUUCAAUAUGUUGUUAAACUUGGAGUAUUUUCAACAAUUAGACAAAUAUUAACAGAAGAACCGCCAAUAGCUAUAUGUUCAACACAAAAUGGAUUUAUUUUUGGUGCAGAUAAUUUCCGUUUUCUUUCAAAUGAAAAUAAUUUUGGUGGAGAUGAUAUGCAAUUGGCAGUAGAUAAUUGUCCUUAUGACUUUCCUGUGGCUGUUGUUGAAAUUUCUGACAAUGAAUUUCUUUUGGCUUUUCAUAAUUUUGGACUUUUUGUCAAUUCUAAAGGCAAGAGGACUCGAAGCAGAAAUAUUGAAUGGGAAAAAGUGCCACUUGAAUUUGUUUACACAGCUCCACAUCUUUAUAUUGUUUAUUGUGAAUUUUUGGAAGUUGUUCGUGUUGCCCCACACACAGGAAUGGAAUCGAGUUUAUUAACCGACGACAGAAAUAUUUUUAAAUGUCGAUCUGCUCAUCAUACAGGGUUUGGACCUCGUCCGUAUGAUGUAUUAUUUGCUGUUUCGAGUGUUGAUAUUGUUGAACUUCAUUCUUUUAGUCGGGCAGAUGAAGAAUCACAACCUUCCGUAAAAUCAAUUUUAAAACGAAAAUUAAAUGAACCGACAGCUUCAAAUGAAAAAAGAAAAUAUUAA